AUGGUGAAAAAGGUCUUAAUGCUCCAUGGAUACGCUCAAUCGGGCACCAUUUUCUCUUCCAAAACUGGCGGGUUUCGAAAAGCGCUGGGAAAGCUGGGUUAUGAGCUUUUUUAUCCAUGUGCACCCAACAGAAUUGCCGGUGCUGAUAUGAGAGAGUUUGAUGAUAUAGCAACUCAGUUCAACACACAGUCUGGCACUGAUGACAUCUUUGGAUGGUGGCUCAAAGAUCCCAACGAUCAGUACAAGGUUCCGCAGAAUACGGUCGACUUCUUGCGUGACUAUAUCAUAGAAAAUGGUCCAUUUGAAGGCAUCAUUGGAUUCAGUCAAGGAGCCGGUUACGCAGGAUACUUGUGCACUGACGUUCGUCAACUGCUGGGACUCACACUGGAACAACAACCGGAUUUCAAGUUUUUCAUCAGCUUCAGUGGGUUCAGAAUGGCACCUGCAUGGUUCCAAAAUCAGUACAAGGAAAAUCUCAUCAAGGUACCGUCAUUGCACGUAGAGGGAGAGCUUGACACCGUGGUUGAGAGCAGCAGAGUCAUGGCGCUUUUCGAUGCUUGCUCUUCGGAAACCAGAACGCUCUUGAAGCACCCUGGGGGCCAUUUUGUACCGAACGGCAAAGGUUUUGUCACAAAAGUGACCAAUUGGCUACAAGUGCUGGACAAAGAGACUUCUGCGGCUGGUGAAAGCUUAACUGAGACUCCGAAGAAGAUUCCUUCAGACCCCUCCAAGCCAGAUCUUGAUGACGAUCUUUUGGCCAUGAUAGACGGGAUUGGGAAGGUAUAA